ACAAAAUUUGGGAACUCUUGGUUUUGGAUCAAAUACCCGAAUCAAAGAAGUUAUUCCAAUUUCGGGAUUUUCAAUCCCUAGCCUUUUACACUUCCUUCUUCAUCAUCAUCAUCUUAGUCAUUUGCCCUGUUAACGAUUUGAUUUCUUCAGCCUGAUCAAUAGAAAGCUUAGACGAAGAAUUGAUCGUCGUCAAUCAAUCAAUAGAACGUAGAAAACGAUGGGGCAAGUAUCAGGUCUUAACGGAAAAGGUAAAAAGGAAGAACCUAAAAAGGAAAAGAGGCUGAAAGUGGAGAAGGAGGAGGAGGAGGAAGAGGAAGAACAAGAAGAAGCUGAGGAUAACAACAAUAAUAACAACAAGAGUGAAGACGACGACGAUGAUGACGAGGAAGAGGAACCUGAGCAAGAUGGGUUAUCUGUGCAUUCCCCUUGCAAACCUCCCCCUUCUUCCAAGCAAAAGGACAAUUCGGACGUGGAAUUGGAACUCAAGUUAUUGGAAGCUCUGGAAAUUUAUCCUCCAGUCAAAUUAGGAGGCAAUUCACUGGCCCUUUUAAUUCUUCUUCUUUUUUUAAAAAAUAAAAAAUAAAAAUCAGAAGCUUGUGUGAUUUAUUUCGUGAUAUUUGUCAUUUCAACGUGUAAUUGAAAGGAUUUGUCUUUCAGAAAGAAUCUCAUAUCCGUUUAUUCUCUGUGAAUCGGGUAGCCCUUGUGCCUGAAAAGCUGUUUCUUUGGGCUUUUCUAAUUUUUAACUCAAAGCUGAGUGAGACUUUAAUUAAAACAGGGAAAAAUUUUAUGUGAACUUUUUGGGACAAGGGACAGAGUUUUCUAUGCUCACAUGUCUGCAGUGUAAGAAUUGGAUAGGGAAGUAAGGAGGGAUGAAGUUCUAAGUGUUUUGAUUCCAUUAAUGAAUCAAAUUAUUCUUAAUUGGUUGUAUAAUUGCUUAAACCAAAAGUAAUGUCUGUAUAUUUGGUCUCUGUUUUACCUUUUUUUUUGUUGUAAAAGUCAAUAUCUUCCAGAGAUUGGCAUCCAAUUUAAUAUAGCUUCUGUAUUCAGCAACCUCUUGUAGUAUAUUUUAUGAUAACAUUUUAGCGUAAUAUCCUGUGGUUGUUGUUUGGUUCCUUAAUUGUAACUUGAUUCCUUACAGAUAAUGCAUUUCAUUGUUGAUGACGGUCUGAUUAUACAAGCGUAUACUUGAGUGCUUUCAUGUAGUUAUAUGAAAAUAACAAAAUUUCCAUUGCAAAUGCUGGUGAAUAAGAAGGCCAUAGUUAUAUUUUUGAGGAGUUGGGCAUUUGUAACACCGGUUUUCUUGCAGGGGUGCAUCGUCAUUUUGUUCUUUAUGGUUUGACCGAAUACCUCCGGAAAAGGUCUGUUGUGCUUUACGGCCGUCCUUCUUCUGUGUCUUUUCUUUUGUUCUUUUUUCCCCUUAAAAUAUCAUCAUCAUGGAAUUUAUAUUUUAGCCUAUGCUUCACAGCUGCAAUCGGCAAUUUUCUUCUGCCGAUGUUUUGAAGUUGCUGGAUCGAUUCUAUAACUUGGAAAUGAUGGUGAGUAUAUAUAACGAUGUCAUUAUCAUUUUUGGGGCCAUCAUAUAAUUUCUUAGUUUAACAUCUUAUUGCAGAUGCAUACCAAGUUAAUACCUGUCUGAUUUAGCUGGAAGUCAAUUAUCGUUAUUUUUGUGCUCAGUUGGUGAAAUGAUUUUGAGGGCGUCACUGGGUCAUUCAGUUCUGUGCUUCUAAUGCAUAUAGGGAAUCUAAGAUUGCCAGGCGAAAAAUUUAGAAUUACACAUGCUAGGAGCUAUUUCUGUUUCUUUUCUGCAACAUGUAAGCACGUCUGUAUGGGGUUUUGUUCUUCUUGUUUACAUGAGCAUCUAAAUUCAGUAUCUGUUGUAUUGCACUUUACCACUGAGGACUACUUUAGCCAAAGCUCUAAUUCAACAAUUUUAUCAAGUCAUUUAUUCUUUAUUUUGUUCUGCUCUCUUCAGAAACCAGAUGAUGAGGACUCAGAAUUCCUUAGUCAACAGGAAGAUUUUAGUUUGCCAAAAAGUUUUUUUGUAAAGGAGGACUCUUGAUUAGCAAGUUUUUGGUGUAUAGAGAUCUUUUAGAUUUUGUGGUUUUGCUGUUGGUUUAAGUUGUAUCUUGUACAUUGUAAAAGCUCCAGAAUAACUUAUAUCAGUUGGAUUUUUAUAAAUGAGACUAUGUUUUCUAAUCUGAAUCGUACUUGAAUAUUUGAAGUAUCGAUACAACAAUUUCAAGAUUGAAUGGGGGACUGGGUCCUAUUGGCCCUUCAGGUGUAACACUGGUUUGCCAAGUUUUGCCUAGUUGAUUCGGUAAAGGUUGGGACAUUGACCUUAUAAUAACAUAGAUACGAGGUAGUGUCUAUUUGCUUAAUGGAGCUUUAGCUUUACAAUAGAUUGAGCUUUACGUAUGAUGCUUUAUUAAAGAGAUUCCCGUUCUGAUGAACUCAUUUUUUGGAGUUGCCUCUGGCACCACCUUAUUCUUCAUGAUAUUUAAAC